UGCUGCCGCCAUAUCUAAAUUCUAAUUCCUAAAUACAAAUAAAUCUCUUCUUCAUCUUCCUCUGGUUUUGUACGGAAUUCUUCAAUGUCGGACGAAGAGCAUCAAUUCGAGUCGAAGGCCGACGCCGGAGCCUCCAAGACCUUCCCUCAGCAGGCCGGAACCAUCCGCAAGAAUGGUUACCUUGUCAUCAAGGGCCGUCCUUGUAAGGUAGUUGAGGUUUCUACGUCCAAGACUGGAAAGCAUGGACAUGCUAAAUGUCACUUUGUGGCAAUUGAUAUAUUCACCACCAAAAAACUUGAAGAUAUUGUUCCAUCGUCCCACAACUGUGAUGUUCCUGAGGUUACUCGUACCGAUUAUCAGCUUAUCGACAUCUCUGAAGAUGGAUUUGUGAGCCUCUUGACUGACAAUGGAAGCACAAAGGAUGAUUUGAGGCUUCCUACGGAUGAUAGUUUACUUACUCAGAUUAAAGAUGGGUUUGCAGAAGGAAAGGACCUUGUUGUGAGUGUCAUGUCAGCCAUGGGAGAGGAACAAAUCUGUGGCUUGAAGGAUAUUGGCCCAAAGAGUUAGCAAGUCUUCCCUUAAGUUUUAGUUGAGGAUAUUUAUUCUUUUUGAAUUUUGGGAUGUUUUUCUUUUUGUAGGAAGUUGUUUAAUAUUCUCUGAACAAAUGGACAUAGAUUUUCAUAAGUAGAAAGUAUAGGGAGUUUCAUAA